AUGACGACGGAUGCGCCGCGCGCGGAGGCGUCCUCGGAUCGACCGUUCAAGGAAGUCUGCGACCCGACGGCGGACGGCGCCGACUGCCGAGCUAGAAUUUUGGCGCAAGACGCCGUGAGCGCGGACACGUACGACAGCAAGAAGAACACGUUCAAAGCGGCGAAUGCGUCCACAAAUCCGAAUCUCACGACGUAUCAAAGCGAUACGCUGACGUUCUUGGAGGAGGUCGAGGCGCUGUUGGCCAAGGACGUCUACGACCCGACGCGCGAAAAAGCCAUCGCGGUGUUUCAAAAGAAAUCCAACGAUUGGUCCGGGAAGUACGCCCCGGGCGGAAGCUCGAAGAUGGCGUCGGGGCGCGCGUUUUAUAACGCGCUGAACCAACUCGCGGGGCAUUUUUCCUUCAACGGCUUGGCGCCGUUGCCGAAGAGUCGACUCGAAGUCGUGGAGACGAACAUCGCGAAGACGCGCGAGCUCAUCGCCGAGGGUCGUUAA